CUUCUGGAAUAUGACACCAUACAGUCUGGUACAAAUUAAGUGACAUUUCAGAGGAAUGUAGUGCCUCUGUCUUCAGAGAUGAAGAGAAAGCCAUGCAAGUAACAAGAAAAAAAGUAUCAAGCUGAAGUUAUUGAGCUUAUUUCUUGCUUUGCUUAUUCUGCAACUCUGAAGGUCUUACAAAUCAUCUGUGAAUUUCUACCACAGCAUCACAUCCAAAAGAUAGUCUGUUUCAUUUUCACUGUUAUGAGAACCUCAAGUCCAGCAUGUAUCAAGAUCACUUCUGUAAGUCUCUUUAAUGUCAGAUAUUCUUUGUAUCUGUAUACAUCUUUUGUUUCAGGUGAAAAUCUAAACACAAAUGUGCAAAAGAAUGGGUAUGAGAUUUACAUCUCGUUUGAAGCUAAAAUAUGUGACAGUGACUAUUUUAGUAAUUAUAACUUUGCAAUUUUUUGGAGUGUUUACCCACAUAUUUGAGUUAGACUUCUACACAAACUUCAGUUACCCGCUGGAAGGUGACAUCCAGAAGUAUGUCUUGCAGCUUCGGAACAUGGAAAUACCUGAUGUAGUUCCCAUCAAUGUGUAUAACUACACCUUCAUCUCAAGCUGCAAUAAGAAAUGCAGAGAGACUGAUUAUGCAGGAAAACUAAGGCUACUUUAUAUUGUAAAAUCUGCAGUACACCAUUUUGAUAGACGAUUAGCAAUAAGAAACUCUUGGGGUUUUGAAAAGAGAUUUUCUGAUGUUCCUAUACGAACUGUGUUCCUUCUUGGUAUCAACCCAGGGAAUGGGCAUUUGCAGACAGAGGUAGAAAAGGAACAACAAAAAUAUGGUGACAUUGUUCAGGCAGAUUUUAUAGAUUCAUAUUUCAACAACACAAUAAAAACUAUGAUGGGCUUUAAAUGGGCUGUAACCUUCUGCCCAAAUUCUAAGUUCUACAUGUUUAGUGAUGAUGACAUGUACAUAUCAACUAAAAAUGUCCUUCGGUUCAUUCGAAACCCAACGCAGUACCCAGAAUAUUUGGAAACACCAGUUGUAAAUCUUAAAGAAGUCAAAAGAGUACAACGAUCGUUUUCAGAUAGGGAAAUAUCUUCUAUGAGAAAAGAAGAGAGAUCGUUUGAGCUUGAAAAUGUUGCAGUUCAAAGUGGUGGUCAGAAGUUGCACCAAUUCCUAGACUUCGAGUUGCCGGAUGAUGUACGAUUUUUCUCUGGGUAUGUGUUCAUGUCAGCACCACACCGUCACAGAAGCAGUAAGUGGCAUGUGACGCUGGUAGAAUAUCCAUACAACAUGUGGCCACCCUAUGUCACAGCUGGUGCAUAUGUCCUGUCGAGAGAAGCUUUGUUUGACAUGUACUACACAAGUUUAUAUACAAAACAUUUUCGCUUUGAUGACAUCUACAUUGGUUUAGUUGCUAUGAAAGCUAAAAUUGAACCAUAUCAUUGUACACAGUUUCAUUACUAUAAGAAGGAAUACAAUAUCUUCAGUUAUCGGCAUGUAGUAGCAUCACAUGGUUAUGGUGAUCCAAGUGAACUACUUAAAGUAUGGAAUAAACAGAGGAGUGCUGGAAAUGCCUGAAUAAAUUUAGUGUUUCUUAAUGCAUUCAGUUUUGGUAGGUUCUGAUACAGACACAAUUCUAAAGUAUAUGACUUACACUACCAUAGUCAAUAAGUUUGUGGACUGGCUGAAAAGCGUCGUCAUAGUUCACUACAGUGAAUAGGUUGAGGCACAAUAUGAUGACCUGUCCAUUCAUCUCUCG